CUAGAAGAUCAACUAAAUGAACUGAUGUUAAGAGAUCAUACAUUAUUAUCAAAGAAACUACAUAACACACCAGCCAACUCUCCAAGCAAGAAUACUCAACCUUUCAAUCUUUACUCUAUCGAAAAUUGCUUUGCGUAACAAUUUUGUUUGCGUAACAAAAUUGCUUUCCAUCGUCCUCUAGUCACUCUUCGUCCUCUCCCAAUGACAUCGUCACUCCGGCAGCUGCUGUGAAAAUAUGGAGACUAUCAAUGACUGGGGAUCGAGGACCUCGAUCGGGGAUCUCAUAUCCAUAUAUACACAAACAAAAAGAGUCGGCAAAAAGAGCAGUGAAACCUACGCCGCCACGAGGUACUCACUCCCCGCACCCGCCAGCUUCGAUGAGCCCGUAUCUCUUCCACCUAUACCACCAGCGCCGCCGCCGCUCGGUACCCUUCCACCUCGACUUUCAUGGAUAUGGAUUUUGAUGCCUCAAUCGCUCACAAACCCAGCAACCGCCUCUCUCUUGGUCGACAAAAUGGGGAGAUUUGAAGAGGAGCUUGAAAUUGCCGACGAAAAUCACCUCGGUCAAAGUUGGGGAUUUUGAGGGUGGUGGCACAAUUGUUAGGGAUUAGGGUUCAUCGGCCACGUCAAAAUUGGAAAAUGGGGAAUAGAAGUCGGAAUCGACGGUGGUUUUGGGAGCAUUUUGUUGAGAGUGGUGGGUUCUGGGUAGAGAGUCGAAAUUGGCGGUGGUUUUGAGUUUGUGUUUUGGGGUGUUGGGUUUUGGGUAGAGAAUAAGGACAGCCAUUUUUA